GGUCGUUCGAACUCUUGAGGUUAUAAAGGAUUUUCAGAGUUUUUUUUUGAGUGUUUCGAGUUUUCUGCAACGAAUUAUCGGAAUUUUCGUAAGAUUAUGGAGGAGGACAGAGGUGAGUCGAACAUGGAAAGCAUUGACGAAGGAAAAUCAACGAGAAUCACCUGUCGUGGGGAUCUCACUCCUUUUUUUGAGAAGAGGGAUCACAGCAUCAAUCAAAUUCAUCAGACUGAGGUCCCUCAGAUCUGCAAAGACGAGCCCUGCCAGCUGGGAGUGGACGAGGCAGGGAGGGGUCCAGUCCUGGGGCCAAUGGUCUAUGGGAUAGCGUAUGCCCCUCUCUCUAGGAAGCAGUUGCUGGUAGAUCUCGGGUGUGCAGACUCCAAGACCCUCACCGAGGACAAGAGGGACGAGAUAUUUGAUAAAAUCUGCGACAACCACGAUGACAUGGGAUGGAUCGUGGAGGCCAUAUCCCCGAACAGCAUCACCACCAGCAUGUAUAGAAGAUCGAAGACGUCCUUGAACGAGGUCUCCAUGAAUUCAGCAAUAGGAUUGAUUAAACGAGCCAUCGAGGCUGGUGCCAACAUUGUGGAGGUGUACGUGGACACUGUGGGAAAACCAGAGAAGUAUCAGGCAAAGCUAAAGGCCAUUUUCCCAGACAUCCCCAAGAUUGUGGUAGCCAAGAAGGCUGACUCGACGUAUCCCAUCGUCUCAGCUGCCAGUAUAUGCGCCAAAGUCUCCAGGGAUCACGCCCUGAGGGCCUGGAGAUUCAGGGAGGGAUCACCAAAGGGUGAGCAUGGCAGUGGAUACCCCAAUGAUCCUCUCACCAAGAAGUGGAUGAGUGAGAACGUCGAUCCUGUUUUCGGAUAUCCACAGAUCGUCAGGUUCAGCUGGUCCACUGCUCAGACCAUCCUGGGGGAGAAAGCGGUUGACGUUGAAUGGGAAGACAUCGAUGACGAGGACCUCCAGACUGAACCCAAUGAGCAGAAGAUCUCCAAAUUCUUUGAGAAGCCUCAGAGGAAGAGCCACGAGUUUUUUACUGAUCGACGUCUCGCUGUAACUCAUGAGCUUUAAAUAGUGAAUUCAUUGUUUUAAUUAUUUCUAAGGCAGCAAUGAAAAAUCAAGUCUUUCGUAAUUUUUUUUUAUAUACAUAAUGUAUUU